AUGGCUCCAGUUGCCCCAGAGCAGCUCUGGACCGCCGUCACGGCCAUUCGCUAUGCUUUUCCUGCCGUGAUCUUUCUCUACUUCAUUGCUGCUCUCGCCAUCACUGUUUGCACCUUGCAAACACAACGACUCAGAAUCAAGGAUGAGCACGUUCGCCGUGAUGUUAUCCUCGGACUGAUUUUUGGUGUCACUGUUGCCUAUAGCCAUUGCUUGCUUGGUAUAAUCUCGUCGAAAGGUGAUUUUGAUGGCUUUGUAGCCCUUGCUUUGACGGACAGCAAAUUUCCCGUUUGGUACCCGUACUACGGAACUUGGUUCUUCGGAUUUGUUGUCGAGUUGAUCUUGGCCGUGGUUCCGAACGUCUUCAGACCUCCGAAGUCCCCAUUCGACUAUGCUGCCAUUGUCAUACAAGGCUUGAGAAUCUGUAUCUUCACCAUCCUCCCAUCCUUGUACUUUGGUUUGCGCAACGACAGGAAGGAGUAUGACAACUGUGAUGCUGAACGUCAAACCCUCUUGGCAAAGAAGCUUGCCCCAAAAGCAUCGAGCUCGGAUAAUACCACAGCCAACGGAAACGGAAACGGAUAUGGGGCCACGACAGAUGCAAAUGCUCAAGAAUCAGACACAGCAGACAAUGCCAGUGAUGCGGGUUCCGAGGAUUCGUGGCUUGCAGAACAACGAAAAGCACAGGAAAUGAUCGAUAAGCGCUUGCAGCAGGAUGGGAAUUGGUUCACAUAUGCCAAAGGUUUCACUGUAUUUCUUCCGUACCUGUGGCCAUUCCACAACAAAGGUCUGCAGUUUCGGGCAGUGCUUGUUGGUUUCUGCUUAUUAGCUUCCAAUGCCUUGAAUGUUCUUGUUCCCAAUCAAAUGGGCGUCAUGAUCGAUAGUCUGACAAAGUAUGCCCAAGGAGAUUCGGAGAGCAACAUUUGGCUUCCGGUCGUUGUCUACACUGUGCUGCGUUUUGUAAGCGGCGGUGCAUGCAUUGGUUGGAUUCGCAGAUGGUUGUGGAUCCCAUUGGAACAAUAUUCGUACGACGCGCUCAGCACAGCUUCUCAUGCACACUUGAUGAGCCUUUCGUCGGAUUUCCACGACAACAAGACCAGUUCAGACCUCAGCCAGGCUGUGCAUGGCGGCAGAUCCGUUGCAGAUUUGCUCGAGACGGUCUGUUUCCAGGUUAUCCCCAUGUUCAUCGAUCUUGCGAUAGCAUUUGCCUACUUGUGGAGCUUAUUUGGUCCCUACAUGGGACUCAUGAUGGCCGCUACGGUAAUCUCAUACCUUUACAUUACGACUAAAUUGUACGCUCGGCGAGCCUCAAAGAGACGUGACUACAUAACUAUCUACCGAAAGGAGUGGACAAUCGGUCAGCAAUCGCUCGAUGGUUGGAGCACCGCAAGUCUUUUCAACAUGAUUCCGUACGAAAGACAUAGAUAUGCUUGUGCUGUCAAGGACCAUAUGAAAGCCAAACGAACUUACGAAAUGUCCUCACAAGCAAUUAGUGCCGCCCAAGGACUGGUCAUGACUCUCGGCUUGCUGGGAGCUCUGUGGCUUGGCGUUUACCAAGUUGCAUACGGCCGCAAGUCAGUCGGAAAGUUCACCACUUUGUUGGUGUACUGGGCUCAAUUGCAAAGUCCCCUGAUCUUCUUCAGUUCCAUGUACAGACAGAUAUCCUACAGCCUAAUGGAUGCCGAGCGUUUGCUUGAGCUCUUCCAGACAAAGCCAACAGUCACUGACAUGCCAAAUGCGAAGCCGCUCAAGUUAGGCCAAGGUCUUGUCAAAUUUGACCGAGUCUCUUUCGCAUAUGAUGAGCGCAAGCCAACUUUGAAGAAUGUCAGUUUCGUUGUUCCCCCCGGAAAGACUGUCGCUCUCGUUGGUGAGACAGGAGGUGGCAAAUCGACCAUCCUCAAACUGAUUGACCGAUUCUACGAUGUCAAGUCGGGAAGUAUCUCGAUUGAUUCUCAAGACAUUCGUGAUGUUUGCCUCGAGAGUCUUCGUGGGAAGAUUGGUGUUGUACCACAAGAUCCGAUGCUUUUCAACGACUCGAUCAUGAACAACAUUCGCUACGCUCGUAUCACUGCAAGCGACAAGGAAGUAUACGAGGCAUGCAAGGCAGCCGCUGUUCAUGAGAAGAUCAUGUCUUUCCCAGAUGGUUACAACUCGAAGGUUGGCGAUCGUGGCGUUAAGCUGUCCGGUGGUGAGAAGCAGCGUGUUGCCAUUGCCCGUGCUAUCUUGAAGCAACCUGAAAUCAUUCUUCUGGAUGAAGCUACCAGCGCUGUCGAUACCGAGACCGAGCAACUGAUUCAAGAAGGUUUCAAGACUUUGUGCAAUGGCCGGACCACCUUCAUUGUUGCUCAUCGACUUUCGACUAUCAUGAAAGCUGAUCACAUCUUGGUUGUCAUGAACGGAGAAAUCGUUGAAGGAGGGUCGCAUGAUGAGCUGGUUCACAAGAAGGGCAAAUAUCAUGACUUGUGGUCAAAACAAAUCUUGGUGAAGCCUGCUGUUGACCGUUCCAGAUCUCAAAGCCCGAAGAAGCGAGACACGCACAUUAUCAACGAUCUCACUCCCAACCGUCAAAAAGUUGAGUUGGCCAAGGCUUUGAAGAAUACUCCGCAUGAUGAAACCUGUCAGUCCAACCAGCAGAAGCCGAGUGAUACUCAGACAUCAGAUGAGGGACCAGAGGGACCGAACCAAGAUCCAUGCAAUAUUGAGCAAGGAACGAAGCCAGCCCCGGACACAAAGUCUGGACCUGGCCACCAACGUGAGGUAAGUGCAGAGCGAAGUUGA